GCAAGCGCUCCGACACAAGGAGAACCUGUGGCAGGAGUUCGACGCGUGGUUACCCCUGCCAAGCCAGCGGGCGAGCCUGCGGCACCUGCGAAAGCCGCUGGAAACUCGGCCCCGGCGUCUGACAGUGCAGCGGAGCGGCUUGCAGAUCUCGAGGCGUUGCUGGCUUCGCAGGCGAAGCGGAUCGCCGAGUUGGAGGCCCAGAACGCUGCUUUGCAAAGGCAGCUUCGAACUUCGAGGCCUUCCACUUCCGGACCAUCUGGGAACUGGUCGGCGGUCGACGCCGCGACGUUGAAGAAAGGCAAUGUGGUGACUUACUCUCUGGACCUCAUUGAUGCCUGGGGCGGAGGUGUGCAGCGAACAGCUCCGAAG